UCCAGAAACACCAUAUAUAAACCUAAAUGGGCGCGUGGCGUGUGAAUGUGAUAUCAUUUGGCGCCAAAUUAUCCAAGUCUAUUCCCGUUGUAUACUGAUGCUUCCGAGCAAAACCCCUUAACUCCUAAAAGAUUCUUCGAUUCGAUUUCAUGGCCACCCAAACUCAAACUCUUCGUCCUCCUAACUUCUCCGAGGAUGUAGCUUGGGUACCAUGUUGGCUUCAGAAUCUUAGAACUAAUGGGUUAAAUGAAUAUGCAAAGGAGUCUCAAUCUCUUUCCAUCCAAGCAGAGAAGGAUUUGGCACCUUCUCCAGAACAUCGUAUUGAUGUCAAAGGCCUUAAUGUAUUAUCAAGGGAAGAAGGUGGAUACAGGAGUUGCCAUUUAUUCUUAUCUGGAGGCGAUACCUCAUCUCUGAGUGUUGCUCCAUCUCCUGGAAAUGUGUUCCAGUUUAAUCUGCAUCUUUCUUCAGAUGUGGAUUCACUCUUUUGCCCAACCCAAGAUUUGAAUCAAUCUCGUCAUGAGGUUGCACCAAGUAAAGCUUUGUCAUUGCAACCUGCUCAAACUUCCUUAGGUUUUAGAGAAAAUGUGCAUUCCAUGAUGGGCAACCGUGCUUGUGAAAAAGAUGCAUUGGCUUCAUUCACUCCUGAAACAAUAAAAAAAGAUUCUUUAAAAUCUCUUGUAGAUACAUUUGGUUCUGUUAGGCAACAAAAAGAAAGAUCCAAGGUCAAAUAUUUCAAAAGUGAUGAUAUCAGUGAUGCAGUUGAACUUUCUAUUGCAGCAUCCGAGGCAUUGGUCAUACAUGAUUUAGUAAAGAUGGAGUCAGUAUCAGAAACAUUGAGUACAGAAGCCGUGCUUGAAAUUGCACUUCGUGUGAAGCAGGCACGUCUUGAGGGGUUAGAAGAUGGCUUCCUUUCAUCAAGUGUAGAAUCUGACUGUAGUGAUUCCCUCUCUGAUUUAAAUGAUUUCCUUAUGGAAGAUGCCUAUGAAGAUAUAGGCUUAUCUAUUGGUGUUUCCUUUGAAGAAAAUCUUUCUAAUUCAGCUACAUUUCAUGGAAAAGGUGUGUCUGGUGAUAAAAAUUAUAAUAAAGGCAAUGAUAAACACGGUGAUGUAGUGCUUACAUCUAAGCUUGAUAAAUUUGAUUAUAAUUCUGAGCAAAAAAAGUUACAAGUCAACAUGGAGAUGGGAGUGCAGCAAAAUCCAGACUCAUCUCCACAUUCUUUUUGUGCUGAGACGGUGAUGGAUUCUGAUGAUGAUCCUGAUUUGGGGGCUAAUACUCCAAAGAAUUUUGUGAAUGAUCUUCCUACAUCUCAUCAAUACGAAGAUGAUAAGACCGAUGAUUUAUCCCUUAACAAGACAGAUGGUUUGGCUAUGGCAGAUAUUACUUCUAUCAAGCCACAAAGUUGUCUGAACUCUUCACCUUUUCAGACUUCUGAAAAUUUCAAAGAUGAGAAAAAUGAGAACUGGGCAGCUUACCUAGCUCCAGAAAGAUUUAGAAGCCGCUGGUUAGGGGGCUGGGCAUGUAAGGAAUUAGAUUCGUCUUCGUUGAACCAGAACAAUGCAAAACUGAACCAGAACGAUGCAAAAUGUAUUCCGAAGUUUCUUUUCAGGAAGACAAGCUUUCUUACAGAAUCUGCAGAUAUUGUUCCAAAUGAGCGCUCACGAGUGGUGAAACAUAAUCCCAACUGUGUCAGAGAGACAAGCUUUCUUACAGAUUCUGCAGAUAUUGUUCCAGAUGAGCGCUUACCUGUGCUGAAACAUGAUCCCAAGUGUCUCAAAGAGACAAGCUUUCUUUCAGAAUCUGCAGAUAUUAUUCCAGAUGAGAGCUCAUGUGUGAUGAAACAUGAUCCCAUGUGCGCUAUUAAUUCUCAACUAAGUAUGCCUUGUGAAGUUUCACACAACAAACCUAAUGAGGAUGUAUUGCAUUCUCAAGAUAUGGUCAGAUGUUCUAAUCUAUCAUUAAUUGAUCCUCUCUGUUCAGUUGUUCCAUGUAGCAUUGCUUCAGGACAUGACUAUGAGAAAGCUCUUAUUGACAAAGAAAAUGACACCGAGUAUUUUGCACCGUUGGUCUCUGACUUUGAGGCGGACAAUUGUCAAAAGAAUGCUACGUUGAACUGUAGAGAUGAGAAAAUCAUGUCUAUAAUAGAUGGGAAAGAUAUUCCAACUAUUACAACAGAGGUGGUACAACAGAUGUCUGAGAAGUUAACCAGGGUUGAGCAUACUUGUCUCAAGACUUAUAGCAUGAUUACACCAAACCAAGACCUUAAGCAAAAUUUUCAUUCGACGCCGCUUUCAACUAAUCAAAGUGAUGUUGCUGCUGCAUCUUUGGACACAAGGGUUUCAGAGUCUCCCUCUGCAUCCAAACAUGCAGAUGAAAACAAAAAUGAAGUGAAUCAUCAACAUUCCAUUGAUCAAAAGUCAAUUAUACAAAUAACCGAUGACAAGAGUGACGAGUUAAAAGCUUCAGAACUGACACAAAAGAGGUCACCUAUUAAUCUAAACCAUAGGAUACGCCAGCGCUUGCUGGGCCCUAAAGCUGGUGUAAAUGAUAUCAGUAUUGAUCAAAAUAUAAACCAAUAUGUAGUACUGGAGACUGUUGUUCAGCAUCAACAGAACAAUAAUCCUAGUAAGGUACAGAUUGAUGGAGAUGUUAGAGUCAGAAAGCAAGUACGUUUCUCAGAUAAAGUGGAAGAGCUUCAUCAGAAAAGGAAAUUGUCAAAGUUGGAAUCUUCUCAUAAAAGAUGUUCAUCUAUUAGAGCAAAAAGACAACGUGUUUCAAAGUCAUUGACCACUUCUGCACAUCGUAUGCAACACUCUGUUACAAAUUAUUGCAGAGGUGCAGUGAACGAAUUCAUAUUUCGAGGUAGAGAGUUCCUCCUCACUGGAUUACCUAGUCAAAUGGAAAGGGAACUGGAAGCACUUAUAAGAAGUUCUGGCGGGGUGGUUCUUUACGAUAUUCCCUCUCCACCAAAUUCAAAGGGCAAAAAAAGUUCAACCUUAUCUUGCUUGCAGCUUCCUAUUAUUCUAUGUAAAAAAAAGCUGCAAACCACCAAAUUCAUGUAUGGCUGUGCUGUUGGUGCCUCAAUACUAAAAGUUGACUGGCUUACUGAUUGUCUUGCAUCUGGAACUGUUUUGCCACCUGAAAAAUACAUGAUUCUUCCAACUCGAGAUGACAUGAAGUGGACCAGAAUUGGGAAGACAGUUCCUCACAUAAACCGAAAGCAUAUUUUUGAAAGAGUAGGCAUUAUGCUUCACGGGAAGCAUAGUUUCUGCACCAAAUUUGCAUGUAUCAUCAAACAUGGAGGUGGACGGGCGUUCAAAACUCUUCAAUGGUUAGUUCGGAGUACCGAUGAAGAAAGGACUUUGAUGGGAGCCAUUGUAGUUGAAGAAAAGGCUACAAUAUCGCGUCACCUGAAGUCCUGCGCUUUGGAGCGGGACAUUCCUAUUAUGACUUCUAGCUGGAUCAUAAAAAGCCUAUAUUCAGGAAACUUAAUUCCUCCGAGUUUGAUGGAAGAAAACAGUUCGAUUUCACUGCAAUCUGUUCAAGUCCCUGAAGUUCGAAAUUAUGUUUAUAUGAGUGAAGAAAUAUAAUUUUUCUAAAUCAUCAAUGAUUACUAUAUAUUGUAAACAUUAGUUAGUCUACAUAACCUUAUAUUCUGCAUUCUAGAUUUAGACAUACAAAUAUUGUAUUCUAAAUAUAGAUACACAUGCACAUUUUUAAUUGUAUAAUUGGUUUUUUUUAUAUAUAUUGAAAAUGUAUAAAAAAAGAUAUUAAGUUCAAAUCAUGCUUUG